AUGAGUGAAUCAUUUCUAUUAAUUGAAAAUUUUGAUGUGUGUAGAAUAUGUUUGACCGAGCGUCAUACAGAUGGUUAUGAACCGUUUGUACACGUCAUGACGCUCAUUGACGGGAAAGAGUCAAAAGAGCUAAUUUCAGAUUGGUUUAAAUUCAAUAUCAAGUCCGAUGAUGGUUUGCCCAAUAUGAUUUGCAAAUGCUGCUUUGUAGCACUAGACAACUUUCAUACGCUGAAGAAGACUGCAAAUGAAUCUAAUAUUGUACUGGAUUAUAUUGCUAAGAAAAGAUUUGGCCGUCCUGUGCCUGAAAAAUCUGUUGCAUCUACUUCAUCGCUGAUGUUAAGAAAUAAUGGAGAAUCAACUCAUUCCAUGCCUGGAACAUCUGAAGCAUCUACUUCAACAGUGAUGUUAAGAAGUAAUGAAGUAUCAUCUCAGGAAGCUCCGUUCAAAAAUUCUCGAGUGCCAUCAAUUAAGUUUCGUGAUUCCAUGCCUGGAACAUCUAAAGCAUCCACUUCAAUAGUGAUGUUGAAAAAUAAUGAAGUAUCAUCUCAGGAACCUCCAUUCAAACAUUCUCGAGUGCCAUCACAAAAAUCAAAUAAGUUUAGUGAUUCCAUGCCUGGAACAUCUAAAGCAUCUACUUCAUCACUUAUGUUAAUAAAUAAUGAUGAACCAUCUCAUGAAACUCCACUCAUAAGUUAUCGAUCAAUAUCAAAACGAUCAAAUGAGUUUGGUGAUUCCAUGCCUGGAACACCUAAAGCAUCUACUUCAUCGAUGAUGUUAAGGAAGAAAAAAGUAUCAUUUCAUGAACCUCCGUUCAAACAUUCCCAAUUACUAUUAGAACAAUCAAAUAUGUUUGGUGAUUCCAUCCCUGGAACAUCUAAAGCAUCUACUUCAUCACUGAUGUUGAGAAAUAAUGGACUAUCAUCUCAGAAACCUCCGUUCAAAAAUUCUCAAUUAUCAUUAAAACAAUCCAGUAAGUUUGGUGAUUCCAUGCCUGGAACAUCUAAAGCAUCUACUUCAUCACUUAUGUUGAGCAAUAAUGAAGAAUCCUAUCAUGAAACUCCACUCAAAAGUUAUCGAUCAAUAUCAAAACAAUCAAAUAAAAUUCCUCGAAAAUCUAUGAAACCUUCUGCUGAAACUUCGGUCAAACCUUCUCAUACAUUUUCGUUCAAACGUUCUAAAUCAAUAUCAAAUCCAAAUAUUAAUAACGUAAAACAAGAAGGUGAUGAUCGUUCAAGGCAAGGUUGCAGGUUACUUUCUAUAAAAAUAGAAAUUAGUGAUGAAUCGGAUGAUGAUUCUUGCAUAAUAACAACACCUCCAAUUGAUACUGUCGUAUUAAUUUCAGAUGAUGAAAUCGACGACAAUGAUAAUAUUGAAAAUGUAAAUUUAUCUGACUACGAAGAAACAGUUGAAUUAUCCCAGGAUGAAGUAAUAGUUGAAUUAUCCCAGGAUGAAGUAAUAGUUGAAUUAUCAUCAGAUAGUGAGGACAAUGAAAAUAAUAUAAAAAAAGAAUAUGUUAAUAAAGUGACUGAAAAAUUAUACUACUGUUCAAUUUGUCAAAAGAAGAACAUUCUCAAUCAUGAUUGUUCUCAACAUACUAAAUCAUUUUUUACUUGCUUGGUACCUGGCUGUAACAUGUUAUCAAGAUCAAAAAAAGAUUUUACAUUCCAUUAUCAACCGCAUAUUGGUAUGUCUUCAUCAGGAGUUAUGUGUCAUCGUUGUUUUAAAGGAAUAGAUCAAUCUAACAUCGAUGGCAAUGGUUGUCACAUAUACUGUGAUAUUGAAAAUGCAUUUAGAUGUUAUUUAUGCAAUAUUAGAUUUAAAAGUAUACAAGAAUUUGCUUAUCAUAAAUUAAAAACACACAAUGGCAUUUUGAUGGACGCACAUUAUAAUUAUUUAUGUUUACAUUGUGAAGAAUCUUCUCCAGAUAUUGAGGAAAUUAAUGAUCAUAUGGACCAUUGUCUUGAAAAUCAGGCAAAAAAUGAAACUGCAGCCAGCAUGAAACCAAAAAAAGAAACAGAAUUAUUACCUGUUAAGGUAAAGAAGGAGAACGUAAUGGUACGUACAAAUGGAAACAAUAACAUGAUUCCGCGUACAUCACAACAUGUACUUUUUACUUGUUUAAAACCUUCUUGCAAUUUAAUCUUCCUAUCCUUUAGUAAUUUUAAAAAUCAUCAUCGUCAUCAUUUUGACCUUGGAAAUGCCUUGGUAUGUUGGCAAUGUUGUAAGCCAUGUUCUGAUUUACCUGCUCUUAGAGCACAUCAAAUGAAAAAUAACUGUCGUACCCCUGGCAUGUACAAAUGUUAUAGUUGUUCUUCAAAAUUCGAUGAUCUUGAAAGUUUGAGUAUUCAUAAAUUAACCUUCCAUGAUAGUAAAUUAGUUGCCGCUAAAAAAAAUAGAAAAACUCUUAUGUGUUCCUUUUGUCAAAUGGAUAUUAAUAUUUUCAACUUUAAAUCUCAUUUGGUCGCAUGUCAAAAGAAGGAUGUCAAAAAAAAAACUUUUACUAGAAAGAAUAAAGGCGAAUAUACUUGUAUGACUUGUAAAAAAGUGUUUGGGUCAUCAAUAUCCUUAUCAAAUCAUUCGAGGAUUCACAAACGAUCUCAAAUUUUAAAUUUGAAACAAGAAAGUACAUAA